AUGAGUGCCAUCGUGGUUGUUCUGCUUGUGUCUUCUCUGAUGGGUCUGUGUUCUGCAUGCUGCACACCCGCCCAGUGGGAAGGGCAGUUGUCUGCUAUUGCAGGACGCGCAGAAGGAGCCCGCCAUGAAGUCAUUCUGGAGUUUGGUGAGGUGAGCUAUGACGCCACCAACAAUCGCUCUGUAAUCGUGUUGAGUUUCAAAGGUGGGAAAAUUGAUGACACGAUGAAGAUCCUCACCAGAUAUGACAACAGUUCUAGCGGUAAACAGUACGUACUGGACUUUAAGACAGGCAAGUGUAACAUACUUGAGUUGAGGACUCCAUUCCGUAGACUCUGUAUUCCAGCUGAAGCUAAACGAAUUGGCAACUUCACUCUGGGACUAUCGCCUGCUCUUAAAGGAACCGCCUUUGCAGCCGGUGGAAAGGAUGUUAACGUGUUUGUAACUGUGCAGGAGUUAGAUAAUGAUACCUGUGUCCCAGUGUCGGAGUCCCUUUAUGGAAGAUUUGGGAAAGCUGACGUCGUGGAGACAAUUGCUUUCAUCAACAUCACCCCUGGAAUCAAGAAUGAGACCGUUUUUGAUGUCCCAGCGCAAUGCAAGAAGGCGGAUGAAUCUACGUUUCCUUACUUGCGCAGCCGUGACCAUUACAUCAUGGCUAUUUAA